GGCUCGCGUUGCCAGUUGGCUCGGUGACGGCGCGACGGAUGGUCGUUUUUUCCGUUCAGACUAGCGGGCUUUAGUCUGUUUUGUGACUCAGUGAGAGAGUGUGUGCUGUCGUGUGUUCGAUCUUUUUUCUCCCUCGUCGUCGUCGUCGUUAUUAUCGUCCUUGUCCGUAAUAAUCGUCGAUUUAGUAAUCAUUGACUUCUACAUUAUUGCGAAAAUUUUUUCCUCGUCGUUAUUCUCAUUGGCAUCUUUAUCAUCCCACCUGGUGGUACACGCAAGGACACACCUGUGCACCCCGGAUUCCGGCGCUUUCUGCCGACAGAGCGUGCGUCGAGAAUCGAAUCAAGAUGAAGUGAGAGACAAAAAAGGAGGGUGUCUCCCUUCAGGAAUGAAAUCCUGACGAGAGAGGAGAAGACGAGAGAGAAGAGAGAGAGAGAGAGAGAGAGAAAGAGAAAGAGAGAUCAGACGUCAUGAUGGAACCACCGUUAACCAGCAAGGUUCUGCGUGCUCCCAGCUUAAAAAGAGGUCAGGAGAACGUCAGGAUACAGGACAGGAUAAAGCUUGAACGAGUCCUGGGUGUAACCGUAUCAAGCAAUGCAGCUCUGGAUUGCGACGCUACGAGCGAGUUGGUCGCCUAUCCUGCCGGGUGUACCGUCGUACUCUUCAAUCCUCGAAGGAAUACGCAAGCGCACGUGCUCAAUGCUUGCCGGAAGACCGUGACUUCUUUGGCUCUUGCCGGAGACGGAAGACUUUUGGCUACCGGUGAAUGCGGACACAUGCCGAAUGUUCGGGUCUGGGAUAUAUCCGAUCCGCACAAUGCUGUACAAAUUGCCGAAUUUUCCGGGCACAAAUAUGGCAUCAAUUGUGUGGCUUUCUCACCAAGCAACAAGUAUGUGGUUUCGGUCGGUUCUCAGCACGACAUGAUAGUAAACGUUUGGGAUUGGAAAAAUAACGUCAAGGUUGCUUCUAACAAAGUCUCAAGCAAAGUCAAGGCAGUGUGUUUCGCUGAAAAUGGUAAUUAUUUCGUCACCGUAGGCAACCGACACGUGAAGUUUUGGUACCUGGAAUAUUCGCGUAGUGCCAAGUACAAGGAACCCGUGCCUUUGAUGGGCCGAUCAGCUAUAUUAGGUGUACAACGAAACAACGAUUUCGUCGAUGUAGCCUGCGGCAGAGGAGAAAUGGCGGAUUCGACAUACGCCAUCACAAAAACCGGUCUCCUAUGCGAAUUCAAUAAUCGAAGGCUCUUGGACAAAUGGGUCGAGCUUCGGACGAGCAGCGCGAAUUGCAUGGCGGUUGGUGAUAAAUAUAUUUUUAUUGGUUGUGCCGAGGGUAUCGUCAGGUGUUUCAGUCCCAAUACGCUGGAGUUUAUCACGACUUUACCAAGAACACAUUAUUUAGGAGUUGACGUAGCCCAGGGAUUGUCGAUAAGUCAUAUGUCUCAGCACCCAGCUAACGCAAGGUAUCCGGAUGCUAUAGCAUUAGCUUUCGACGAACGUAACAAUAAAUUAACAUGCGUCUACAACGAUCAUAGUAUUUAUGUUUGGGAUGUAAGGGAUAUAAGGAGGGUUGGUAAAUCCCAUUCUUUUCUCUAUCAUUCCGCAUGCAUAUGGGGUGUUGAGAUGUAUCCAACAGGAACGGACUCGAUAGGAUCUAUGCCGGCUGGUAGUUUUAUCACUUGUUCCAGCGACGAUACCAUUCGCGUUUGGAAUCUCGAGAAAGAUGUAUUCUCGAAUGACACAUUGUAUAAAAGGAACAUAUAUAGUAGCGAAUUGUUAAAAGUCCUUUACGUGGAUGCAGAAUUAACGUAUCUUAAGGAUUUGGAUUUAGCUGCUGCCGGAUCGACCGAAAAAAGCGAUGCUUCUUACGACGGUCGUAAUGGCGUAAGAUCGAUAAGAGUCAGUCCUGAUGGGAAACAUCUUGCGUCUGGCGAUAGAUCGGGAAAUAUACGUAUCCAUGACGUUUCCACCCUGGAAGAAUUGUGUUUAAUAGAGGCUCACGACGCGGAAGUACUUUGUCUCGAAUAUUCGAGGUUUUCGCAAUAUUCUGUUGAAACGCCAAGACUUUUGGCAAGUGCUUCGAGGGAUCGAUUAAUUCAUGUAUUCAGCGUCGAUCAGGAUUACAAUUUUUCACAAACCUUGGACGAUCAUAGCUCGUCGAUUACCGCCGUGAGAUUUUUUAAUCAAACUAAUCAAAGUAAUCAGCUGCAAAUGGUGUCUUGCGGGGCUGACAAGAGUAUCAUCUUUAGGCAAUUGCAAUCCACACCAGGCGGAAUGCCACAAUUCGCCAGAGGUCAUAACGCUCAGGGAAAGACAACGUUAUACGAUAUGGAAGUGGAUUCUGGACAAAAACAUGUUUUAACUGCCUGCCAAGAUAGAAAUAUUAGGGUUUAUAAUGUAACUACCGGGAAGCACAGUAAAACGUUCAAAGGAUCCGUCGGCGAAGAUGGAUCCCUCAUUAAAGUUGUCUUAGAUUCGUCAGGAAUUUACGUAGCUACCUCAUGUACAGACAAGACAUUAUGUGUUUACGAUUAUUAUAGUGGUGAAUGUAUGGCAACCAUGCUCGGUCAUUCAGAAUUAGUGACAGGAUUGCGUUUUAGCUCGGACUGUCGUCACCUCGUUUCUGCGAGUGGUGACGGUUGCAUAUUUGUUUGGCGUGUGCCUCACGAUAUGGUUGUGACGAUGCAAGCGCGACUCGCUCAACAGGCAAUGCGUGCUGGAAAAAGGCCACCACAGGUCAAUGGUAGUGGAAUUGAAAUACAGUUAGAUAAUGAAACGUUUGGAUCACCGCCACCAGAAUUUCUCGAUCCAAAUGCAAAUCCUGCCCCUCAAAAUGUUGGUGUCGAUUAUAGAUUUAGCGUUGGUCAAUUACCUCUCUGGGCGAAGAAACAAAUUAAUACGACGACCGUCGAAGAAACAACGACGGUUAGUUCGACCGUUCGACCGCUUAGCGUAGAUUUACCAAAAGGAAGAUGGGCUCAAAGGGUACAACAAGGUGAUGGUAUUACCGUCAAAUCCGUUUACGAUAGCGAUGAGGUCAUACCCUUUCCUCCUCCUCGUGGAAGCGUCGAUUCUGAUGGAGGUGGAGGAGGUGGUGGUUCGAAGGACAGUUCUAUCGACAGCGGUACCGAAACCAAAUGCAGUAGCGAUUAUCGUCGUGAUACUAUCAUUCUCAAAAGGGAAGAGGAAGAAAGUGUAUUUCAACCAUGUCCAGAUAGUUACAGAGAAUUAACCAAUGAAACAAAACAGGUGAUCGGUGGUAACGUGACGAUUGCUAGAGGUAACAAUAUCACGGAAGUGACACGUCAAUCAAGAAGUCGUCAUCACACUGAUGAUAGCAGUCUUGGGAGUUUUAAAUUCGAGGAUCAUGAAAGUACGGAACAUGAUGGUGACGUAGAAGAUUAUUCCGAGGGAGAGAAUGGUACGACUGGUUCAGAAAAAUCACAUCAUAGAUUAAUGUAUUAUCCACCACAAGAGGAUACUGUAUCGAAUCAGUUUACAGUAAAUGCGAUGGACGUUGAAGAACUUCGAAGAUCUCAAAGGCGGCAGAAAAAGCCAAGAAAUACAGAAAGUGGACGAACGAGCGAAUUAACUGCAUCCGGUAGCCAAGAUGAUUCCGAUUCGGAAGGUGGAGCGUCAACGCCAAGUGCCGAAAGAAAUCCAUUAUCAAUGUUAUCAGAAGCAAGCUCGGAGGGUUUCGAUCAAAUUACGAAACAAAGUCAUCGCGAGAAAUAUUUAAAAAAUGCAUUCGAGUCUCUUAGCGGCGCCGAAGAACCAACAAAUCGUGUAAAAACAACCAGUAUUAGUUCUCAAUUUCAUGGAAGGGUAAAUAAUGGUUCAGAAAGUAACAAUAGCAACAAAGUACGUAAUGCAGCGGUAGUAAAUGCAACGAAACAUGCCAGGGGUGAUGCGGAUAUUGUUAAGAAACGAGAGGAAUUACAAAGAAGAAUAGAAGAGACCAGAAGAAAGCUGCAAAGCGUCGGGUACAGGUCAUCCUUAAAAAGCAGCCAGAGCAUUUCUGAUUUAAGCAGCCAUAUACCAGAGAAACAUCAUCGUUCAAGUAGACUUAACACAGGUAACAAAUUGGGUGAACAAAACAAAUUUUCAAAGCCAAUUAAUCCUUGCAAACCUAUGCCAAAUCCAAAACCCGCGUUUAAACCGCAACAACUCAUUAACAAAGUCCAAGGUGUUGGGAAUGCUUUAUCUAAAUCAGAUAUAUCAAAUGAACAGUGCAGCUUAAAUAAUGAUAAUAAUAAAACAACAUCGUGUGUAAGUGAAAAGACAAUACCAUCUCUUAACCGUCCACUAACACUUACAUUAAAGAAAACUGAAAAGUAUAAGCUGUCAUUGAAUAAGCCCAAUCAAUCAUUACCCGAAUCUCCUGUAUGCGAGGAAUUAAAACUGUUGAAGGAACAUUGUAAGAAAAACGUUAGUCGUUUCGCAAGAUUCGCACAAAAGAGAAGAUCCUGUAGUUAUUUUAUCGGUCUCGACGAUAACGAGGAAGAAAUGGAAAAUCUGGCAAAGUCGUUUGAGAGUUUGCCAGCAAUGAACGAACGUAAUAUUGAAAAUUUGAAGCAAACGAUUGACGACGGUGACGAUGGUAAUGGAAAUUUCAGCGAUGAUUCAUUGGAAGGCGAUUUCAAAAAUCCACCGCGACGUUGUGUUAGCGAUUAUCAAAUUAACAUACAUAUGGACAGUAGUAGUCAUGUAGAUAAUAAAAGUUAUCCAAAUUAUCAGACUUAUCAAAGGAGGAUUUUAACAGGUUCGCAAGAAAGUAUAUUGUCGGAUGCUUCGGUCGAAUCAUUUUCAAAAGGUAGCGCCGAAAUAUUGGAUUGUAAUAACUACGAUCAUGACAGGCACUCCAGCGCAAGUUUUUUCUUAUCGAAACGUAAAACACAAGUUGGAAGAAGUCAGGAGAGCAUAUUAACUGACGAAUCGGAUUAUCAAAUGUUUCCAUUACAGAAGAACGUUGAUCAUAGAAGUACAGAAAGCGUUUUAACGGAUGACUCGGAUUCGUUGGUUAAAUCGGCACCGUUAGAAAUGUUAUUUGAUUCACAUUACAAAAGAAAACGACAAAAUUCCGAAACGUACAGUGGAAAUCCUAACAACGAAAUUGAAACUACAAACAAUACACAAACAUCGACGGAUGAUACCACUUUGUGCAGGGCUGUAUUUAGAUCAAAAUCCCUUCAAGAUACAAGAAUGUGUAAAGCUAAAAAUGAUAUUAAUUUUAGCGAGGAUAACGCACAACCGGCUACGUGUAUAUAUUAUGAAUUCAAUUUUGACAAUGAUAAUGAGAAAAAUUCGGAUAUUAGAAUAAUGGCCAAUUCCGAUGCAAUGUCAAGAAGCAACAGUUUAAAGGUAUCAAAGGAGCCACAUUCAAUGCUGAUAUUAAACGACUUCGUGGCGCAUAAACCACCAAAACCAAAGAGAAAUUCAUCGCGUACCCAAAGUAUGCGUAACAGAGCAAGACCAGCAUGGAAUAAAUAUAACAUGGACUCGUCCUCGUCACAAUCGACAAUACAAAACAUCGAACCAAUUAAUUACUCCGCGACUUUACCCGCUAACUUAUCUCAUUUAAGUUAUAAAACAAGGAACGACGAGGAUUCUUCUAAACAAAAUCGAAAGGACGGCGAUGCCAAUUCAAAAAGAUUCGAAGAAUUUUUACAAUCCGCUAAAUAUUCAUUGCAAGCUACGAACGACGAAACGAAUGAUAGAAAUAUAUUUUUCAAUCAACAAACGCGUUUAACAGAUAAGAAGAUAAACAUAGGAGGAAUACCACCGUACAAUCCUGAAAAUACUUUGGAUAGAUACAAACGACAGAAUGUUAAUGAACCUUCUCGUAUAAUGUCCAACGAGGAAGAUAAUGCCAGUCACGAAAGGGACAACAUAUGUUCUUUUGAAAAUCAAAUACCAACGAAGGAUACAAUGGAAACUUAUGACUCUUUAGAACCCAAUGUUACAUCAUCUAUCGAUUUACAUGGAACCCAACUCGAAUCAAACAAUUCCAAUUUACAAUCAACGAACGCGCGCAUUGAUAAUUUGGAUGCUAGCGUUGACGUUAGGAUAACACGUGCCAUAGAAGGAACCGUUAAAUUAUUAUCCAAAGAAUUUGAGAAUUUAGUUAGAAGGGAACAAUACUUCAUGAAGGAAAAAUGUUUGCGUUUAACUCAUUGUCCCGAAACAAGUGAAAACUUUGCCAAGCUUGAGGCCGAACGUGACAGUAGAUAUUGCACUAUUAGACGUGACAUACGUAUUCAUUCCGGUGGCGAGGAUAGCGAUUGCGCCGAUAUAUCAACGAUGGAUAAAUCAUUGAUGGAAAGUGGUUCCUCUACGUCAGCAUCGAGUUGCACGAAUUCCCCUAAACGGAUGUGGCCACCUGCGUCACGAUGUCAGAGUCACAUGAAGUGGACAAAAACUUUGCCCACUAUUAAUCAAGCAACUAUUCCCACGAAACAUCUUUAUGCAGUUGGCAGUAAUGGGGGGCGAAUCUCGUCAAAAGUUAUUGACAGUGAAGAAGAGGGGAGUGGCAUGAGACGUGCCUGUUCAUUAAGUGAUCUUUCUGUCAGCCCAUCAAAUAGAUUACUGCAUGGUCCUGUACAAGUUUCAGGAAAAGUAAAUACUAAAAAUAUUAGUACAUCGUCAAGAGGUAAUUCUGGGAAUAUAAAUAUUGGCAAUCAGUUAAGACAUUCAACCACGAAAAAUCAUUCAAAUCACAUGACAAGAAGUAGUAGCGUCGGUGUAUUAAAUCAGAGUGAUUCAGAAUCUGAUGCUGGUGUAUCAGUAGGAGGAAGAGGAUGGAACAAUCAAUCUGGAAAUAAUAGAAUGAGUGGCUUAAUGAGGCCAACGAUUAGUUCACAAAAUAAAAUCAAUCAUCAGAUUAAAUCGAAUUCCUCAUCAAGUAAUAAUCUUCCUUCUAUUCUAAGGCGACGGGGUAUGCAGGGAGCUUACUCUAGCGUAAAUCUAAGUCAAGUUGGUAAUCAAGAAGAUUCAAGUUCAGAAGAUACUUCAUCUAAUGGAAAUGGUGUCAAGCCAGCUCUACCUCCAAGACCUAGAAGUAUCAGUAUUGAUCAUUCCUCAGCCAGUUUAUGCCUUCCUGGUACUGCCGUUAGAAGAUCUGGGUCAUCUGGUCUAAUAACAAAUGGUCGAGGCAGUGGAAACAUAAUUGGUCAAAGUGGUGCAAGGUUAUCAGUACCAAACAGAAAUCAAUUAGAACCAAGCCCUCAAGAAUUACCUGUUAAAGAUACAGACCGUGCCAUUGAUGUAGCCAGUGCCGAAUUGUCAACUCAACUAUGCAAUACAAUUGCGGAUGAGCUUACGCGAACAGCAGAUAACGUUGUACAACUGUACAAACGUUUAACUAUAGACAAUGAGGAUGAUCCAUCAAGAACGACCAUCGAUAGGGAUACAAUGUUACGUGGUCUAGAAUCUUCUGUCAAUGAAACAAUGCGUACAUUACGACUAGUUGUGGCAGGCGUUGAAAAUCAUAAUGAUGAAACUAGUAAUAAUGUUGCCCCGAACGAAGUUACCGCGAAGUUUCAAGAAUUACUUGCAGGCCAAGAUCAAGGGAAGGUAGUGAACAUGAUGCAACAAUAUUCAGAAUUACUCUUAAAUAUGAUGCAACAAAGGAUGGGAGGGACACAAUCGAGCCAUACAUAAAAUAAAAGAAGAAAAGAAAAUCCGUCCAUCUGAUGAUAAAUUGAAUUAUUAUGCAAAUGGAUAAUGUAUUCAUGUUCAAAAGCACGUACGUUUGUGAUGAGUGAAUAAGUAUUUUCUCGGCGAUAAUAAUAAUAAUAAUAAUAAUAUUAGAUCACAUUCCUAAGUGCAGGAUAUGGAUAUUUUGUUUUGUUUUUCUAAAGGAAAGGAAAAAUAUAAGAAAGAGAAAGUGAAAAUGAAAAUGAAAAUGAAAAUGAAUAAAUAAAAGAGAGGGACUUCGGUAUUUCAGUUGCCAAGAUCCUAAGUGCAUAUCGUAAGCACGCAUAUGUUCCUUUUCAAUUUGUCAUAGUAGUACAUUGCAUUCUUUGUGAGUACUUUUUGAAUGAAUUUAAUAUAAACUUAGUUCUUAAAAAGCAGAUUGAACUGUCAGCAAUGGAGCCUUGGGACUUGAUAGGAAUUAUAACAUGUAUUACUAACUGCUGAACAGUAUCAUUAGAAAAAAAAAAAAUAAGAAGAAGGAAAAGGAAAAAAAAAAGAAAAGGAAAAAGGAAGAAAAAAAGAACUUCAUAGCACAAAAUAUAUUAUUUUUGACUAAUUCUUAAGCACUAUAAUGGUUCGCACUUGGAGAUGAGGAAAUCUUCAACGUCGUUCAAUGUAGUACUUGUUAUUAAUCAAUACAAUUUGAUGAUAAAUAUGCUGAGGAAGGAACGUGUGAAAAUAACCGGAUAAACUCCAAAUAAUGUCAUAUGGUAUAACUUUAGGACAUUUAUUUAUCCUAUUUAUAAAAUCAAAUGUGUCGAAUUUGUGCGUAUUUUAUCUUGAGGCCAUAUGCCGGGAAAUGCCAAUUAACUAAAGACUAUUAGUAUAGUAUCCACAACAAACAUACAUAUAUGUAUAUUUAUCAAAUAUUGAAUGGUAUUAUAACGUAAUAUUAGUAUUCUUGUUAUGUAACCAAAGGGGUUGUCUGUACCUAUGGUAAAAAGGGAAAUUCUUUUCCCCUCCUAAAUGUUUAAAAAGCUUUUAGACAGUCCAUUAAUAAAAAAAAAAAAAAAAAAAAAAAAAAUAAUAUACAGUAUAUAAACUUGCCA